AUGAGAUGGGAUGUGUUCUGCCUGGUAGCUCUUGUUUAUAGGGCAUUUUGCACAUCUUUGAGGCAAGAAAAAGAAAGUGGCAAAAUGAAAAGAGGUAUUGUGGCCGUGCUUCCGCUAGGAUUUGUAGGAAACACUACGACUUUGCAACCAACGAUAAGUCUUAGAAACUUGAAGACCGUACUGUCGAAAGAUGCUUACUCUGUUGUUGAUUAUAUUGUUAGAGUGAUAUGUAUGUAUAACUUCUCAGAUGUAGUGAGUGUAGCGAUAAAUGACGAGGAGAUUGAAAGAUUGUUUUUGGAAGAGAUUAGAAAGUACCUAAAGGUGAUAUCCGGGGAUGUAUUGAAGAAGUGCAAGGAAAGCAGCACACUCUAUGAUAUAGUGGAGAUAGUGUUUGAAGAGAUGCUGGAAUACAAGGAGAAUGCGGAGGGAGUGAAGAUGUCGAAGCUUAGGAUGAUCAUUGAAAGGGAGUUGGGGGAGAAGCUGAAGGUGAUAGAGAGCUUGGCGAAUGUGGAGAUGUCUGAGGAGGGAAGAAGGAAGUAUGAGCUUCGCAAGUUGUUGAACAUACACAUUAGAUCGUUUUUGGGGAUUUUGUGUUUGGAGGAUCAAUGGGAGCAGCGGGUCGCUGUGCAGAAGAUAGUGUGCAGUGUGUUUAAGAACCUCUAUUCGAGGCUGAAAAGAGAACAGAUUCUCGGAAUAAUGGUUGAAGGAAACAUAGGGAAGCAGUUGAGGCCUGAAUAUGCAAAUAACAUGGAUGAGUUUAGUACCAAAAUGUACUUAGAAAUAAUCAAUGUCAGGUAUGACGAGUUUCUGGGAAUAUGCAAUGAGUAUGACGAAGGGGUUGUGGAGGAGAUAGUGAAGCAGAUAUUGCUGGGAAAAGAUGGGAGGAGCAUCGACAGGAAGUAUGCUGAGAAGGUCAAGAAUAUGAUUGAGAGAAGAAGGGAGAAGGAAAGGAAAGUAGAGGAGAGGAAGAAAGAGCUGGCUGAAAGGAAUGCAAGGAAGCUGUUGAAAGAGGAGGAGAGAGACAAAGCUGCUCUUAGGCGUGCCCGAGGAGGGGCAGGCAAGGGGAAGGGAGGUAGCAGGAGCAGUAGAGGGAAGGGCAAGAGAAGUGGAAAGAGAGAUGCAGAUAAUGCAGAGAGGACGGAGGAUGUAGAAGAUGUGGAGGCGCCGGAGGAUGUGUAUGAUGAGAAGGAUGUGGAGGCGCCGGAGAAGGAGGGUUCUGGGGAUGUGGAGGAUGUUGUAGAACCCUACCAGGCUGUGCAUAGCUACGGAGUUCAUAGAAGAGUGUUGGUAUGGAGGAAGGAUGAGGGUAGCAUUGCAAGGUGGUGGAAUGAAAGUUCUGAGACGAGGUGGAAGAACAGGCCACCGCGUAUAAUUAGGGAGCAGAAGAAGAAGCACAACAUAAUGGAGGUUUUGGAGCUGUUCCGAAGUAAGUAUAGAGAUUGCUUUUUCAAAAAAGAGAAGUAUGAUGUGGAUAGAGUGGCGGGGAGGAACAGAUGGCAAAGUGUAAGUGUUGCAAGGUUCUGGGAGUGUGGCCAGGAUUCUGAGAAGCUGGGGAUUGUGGAGAUAGGGACGUUUGAGUCUGAAGGAGGGACUGAGGUGAUAUACCACCUACUGUUUAAAGAGAUGGAGAAGAGCUCGAUAAAGGAGGUCAUGAAGAUUGAGGGAGAUUUCGGGGUGGAGGAGAUGUCUGGUGAGAGUGCCUUUCAUGAGGAGAGUCUGCAGGGGAGGGGCGGUGGGGAUGGAUGGACAGAUGAUGGAGACUCUUCUAAGGAUGGAGGUUCUGAAGGGAUGGGAUGUCUAGUGAUUAGAAGGCCGCCAUUUGGGUUUACUGUUGAGUGGAGGGGUGCUGAGAAUGAGGUUGUCAGACGGCUUACCAUGGUUCCUAGGGAAGAGGUGAUAUCAUGA